AGAACAAUUCUUUGCCUUUCAACAAAUAUGCAUUUUUGGCGACUCACAAUGCCUAUGCUAUUGAUGGAUACCCAUCUCACACUAGAGUUCCUCGAAUCACAUUUACCAAUCAAGAAGACAACGUCAUGGAUCAGCUAAAUAAUGGAGCUCGAGCCUUGAUGCUUGAUACUUAUGAUUUUCGUGGAGAUGUAUGGUUAUGCCAUUCAUUUAAAGGACAAUGUCAUGACUAUACUGCAUUUGGUCCAGCUAUUGACACUCUAAGGGAAAUUGAAGCUUUCUUAUCUACACACCCAUCAGAAAUUGUUACAAUAAUUUUAGAAGAUUAUGUACAAGCCCCAAAUGGAUUGACGAAGGUCUUCACUGAUGCUGGCUUGAUGAAAUAUUGGUUUCCUGUGACAAACAUGCCCAAAAAUGGUCAAGAUUGGCCAUUAGUUAAUGACAUGGUCCAAAAUAACCAAAGGCUACUUGUUUUCACUUCAAUUCAAUCCAAGGAAGCAAGUGAAGGCAUUGCUUACCAAUGGAAUUUUAUGGUUGAAAAUCAAUAUGGGAAUGUUGGCAUGAAAGCAGGAAGUUGCACUAAUAGAAAAGAGUCAUCUUCUCUUAAUGACAAGAGUAGAUCAUUGGUGUUGGUGAAUUACUUUAGAUGUAUUCCUAUGAAGAAACUCUCUUGUGAAGAUAACUCAAGAAAUCUCAUAAAAAUGCUUCAUACCUGUAGCGGUGCUGCUGCCAACAGAUGGGCAAAUUUUGUUGCUGUAGAUUAUUACAAGAGAAGUGAAGGAGGAGGAUCAUUUCAAGCUGUGGACCUGCUAAAUGGGAAGCUAUUAUGUGGGUGUGAUGAUAUCCAUGCAUGUGUG